AUGGCGGCUCAGAUCACCGGCUUCACUGCCCAGUUUUGGAGCUUCAGAAUGAUCUCCAUGGUCUGUAUUGGACUCCCGGCUUUGGGGCUUGCCUACCUUUUCGUAAACGUCAUCUACAACAUAUACUUCCAUCCCUUGCGCAGAUACCCUGGCCCCAAGCUCUGGGCAGCCACGAGGAUCCCCUACACCCGCAGCAGCCUCUCCGGACAGGUGCACCGCAGAAUCCUGGCGUUGCAUCGGGAGUACGGCCCCGUCGUGCGCAUCGCCCCCGACGAGCUCGCGUACAACCACCCAGACGCCUGGAGGGACAUCCACGGCCACCUCAAGAACGGCACGGGCGACCACGGCAGAGACCCCGUCUUCACGGUGGAGAGCAGGCACAGCAUCAUCGGCGCCGCCCGCGAGGACCACUCCCGCUUCCGCCGGGCCCUGUCGCAUGGCUUCUCGGCGCAGUCGAUGGCCAAACAGGAGCCCAUCAUCAAGGGCUACGUUGACUUGCUGCUCCGUAAGCUCCAGGAAAAGUCUGCUGGGGGGACCCGGAGCCUCGACAUGGUCUCGUGGUACAACUGGACGACCUUCGACAUCAUCGGCGACUUGGCCUUCGGGGAGCCCUUCAACUGCCUGGACGACUCGGACUAUCAUCCAUGGGUCAAGCUCAUCUUCGAAAGCGUGAAGGCGGGUACUUUCAGGUUGAACGCGAGACGAUAUCCCUUGGUUGAGAAACUGCUGAUGAACUUCUUGCCGGCCAAUCUCAAGAGGAAGCGUGCGCAGCAUGUGGCGCUCACGCACGAAAAGGUGACGAAACGACUCUCGGCCAAGUCUGCACGGCCGGACUUUAUGGAUUCGAUGCUGAGAAAGACCGACGCUCGGGAACUCACUUUCGACGAGCUCAAGUCCAACGCUUCGACCCUGAUCAUCGCCGGGUCCGAGACGACCGCUACGGCCCUGUCGGGCAUCACGUAUUUCCUCUUGUCGGACGCCAACGUUCAUCGAAAGCUCAACGACGAGAUUCGCGGCGCGUUCGCGUCCGAAGGCGAAAUCAACAUGGUCAGCGUGCAGAAGCUGGGCUACCUGCAGGCCGUGAUCAACGAGGGCCUGCGGAUGUACCCUCCGGUCCCAACCGGGAUCACGCGCCGCGUGACGGACGACGGGGGCGUGUUCCUGGGGCAAUACGUGCCGAGCGGCAAGACCAUGAGAUCCCCGAGAUUUGUGAAAGGAGCAACGAAAGAAAAUGAAAUGCUGACGGAAGAGGGGAAAACAAAACAGGCUCUUGUGCAGGUUUGGCACUGGCCUGCGUACCAUGACCCAGAGAACUUCACUCUUCCCGACUCGUUCAUCCCCGAGCGCUGGCUCAACGACCCCCGUUUUGCAGGCGACAGGAGAGACGGGUUCCAGCCCUUCACCGUCGGGCCGAUGAAUUGCAUUGGGAGAAACCUGGCCUACGCGGAGAUGCGUCUUAUCCUCGCGAGACUCCUCUGGAACUUUGACAUGACACUUGCCGAAGACAGCAAGGGUUGGUAUGAGAGGAGCAAGGUGUACAUGUUGUGGGAGAAGGGACCGGUCAAUGUCGUCCUCGUCCCCAGAGACUUGGGCUCGGGGCAAGCGGCAUGA